UGAGCUUGCACUGAUUGAGGUGUGUUGUUGGAGGCGGCGAUGCGUGCAUGCAUGGCAUGAGUAGGCUCGACUUGGACAGAUCGCCCCUUCUCUCGUCGAUCCAGGCCUGUCCCUGCGACACUACUGCUGAGAAGCGAGGUGACUUUCGGCCGGAGUAAGUGUCGUGUGCAGUGCCAGUCAGCCAGCAUAGGAAAGAGAGGGUACUCGGCAGACAGUGGCCUCAGUGCUAGCAAUGAGCGGAGGCAGCCAGGUCACAUCCGAACCGGCGCUUGCUUGCAGUGCGGCCUCACAGUACGUAUCCCCAAGCGGCACUAUUCAGAAUGUAGCAUCACAGUCGCACCCACCUCAGCCCAUGUAUGCUCCAGGGUAUGAGCCUGACACGUUGCAGGCAACUGAGGGCGCGGCUCUUCAGCAAGGUCCACCCAGCUCGCGUCAAAGCAGUGGGGCUGUAGCACAUGGCUCGGCUCCACAUGGGUAUGGUGCAUCUGAGCAGGUACACACCACCGUGCAGGGUUCAUCUGGUCAUACGACCAUCAGUGCUAGUGGCCAGAAUGCAGCUCUAUCUGAGCAACAGGAUCUGGUAGCUGAGCCAGCGGGUUUUACCGGCAGAUACCAACAUCAUCCAGACCAAUCCGCCCAUUUGAGCGAUGGCAACGGGCAGAAGCAUGAUUUAAUAUCACAAUCGGGUGCAUUUGACCAUUAUCGAAUGGAACCACGACUGCAACAACAACAACAACAACAACAACAACAACAACAACAACAACAACAACAACAACAGCAACAACAACAACAACAACAACAACAACAACAACAACAACAACUACAACAACAACAACAAAAACACCAACAUAAACAACAACAACAACAACAACAACAACAACAACUACAACAACUACACCAACAACAACAACAGCAGCAGCAGCAGCAACAACAAGAACAGCAACAACUGCAGCAAUCGCCGCAGCACGACGAACAGAAGCAAGGUGCGUAUCCCCACGGUCCACCUCAAUCUCCUGACCAUGGCAACCCUGAUGACAAUUCAUCACGAGUCCAGGAAACACCGGCAUCCUUCUCUGGACUGGAAGAGACGGAUGGCGGUGCAUUAGAUCUGAACUAUGAGUCUAAGCCGCCAACGGUGGUGAAAUGGAGACCUGGGCCAGAACAGCACUACCAGCUAGAGGGACCGGCAGCUCGUCAAACUACAGUUUAUCCCGGUCAACAUCACGGUGGAGUGCUGGAAGCAGUGAACAAUCACCAAGAACAUUCGCACAAAGUCACCUUGCCACCACCACCACCACCACCGACACAUUAUGAGUAUAUGAGUGAGCGGCCAGGGCCCACAGCACGAGAUAUGACAGGCUAUCGUGACGGAGAGAACAGGUCGGAUCGUAGCAGUGCCGCUUCAUGGGAGGCUGCUGGCUAUCCUGGAGAGGUGACGAUGCCAGGAGCACAUUACGCCCAAGAUGACUACCAGGUUGGUGGCGGUCCUGGCAUGACUGUGAUGUCGGCCAAUCCGAUGGAUAACGAGCAGUUUGUCCCAUACCCGCCUAUUGAGACCGGUUUCGAUCCCGCAGUACCUAACCCAGAGACCUACUACCAGAUCCCACUGGGAGGUGAGGACGAUAAUGGACCUGUGCUCGGUAUGCUGGGCUAUGAUGAGAAGUUUGAGCCGCCGCUGCCUCCGCAGUACCUGUGCAAGAUCUGCAACUUUGUCCUCCGUGAUCCGGUGCAGGUGCCAUGUCCGAACAGGCAUCGCUUCUGCAAGCUCUGCUUCAAGGCAUGGAUGAGUAUGAACUGCUGCCCAGAAUGCAAGAGUCCCAUCAAUGUGUCCGAGAUGCAGAGUGACACACAGUACAGACAGACUAUACUUAGCCACACAGUGCUAUGUCAGCUUCAUACCAUUGGCUGUGACUGGAAGGGAUGCUUGUUUGACUUGGAGGAACACUUGAUGCAGAGCUGUGAGAUGCAGCUGCAUCCGUGUCCCAAUAAGUCAAACGGCUGCAAGCGACGCAUCCAGCGCUGCAACAUUGACGAUCACGUCAUGACGCAUUGCCAGUAUGUUGCCGUUACCUGUCCCUACUGCAAUAACGCGGUGCCCAAGUUAGCCUUAUCAGAUCACAAGGCAGCCUGCCCAGAGGCGAAGGUUCUCUGCCCAUCACAGUGCGGGGCCAUACUGCUGGCAAAGAUGGUGAAGCAGCACGUCGAGCUGGAGUGUCCCAUGACAGUGGAGAAAUGUGAAUAUGAAGAGUUUGGCUGCACGGUGGAGACUCCAAGGUGCCAUCGCACCAAGCACAUGACAGAUUGUGUUCACCAGCACCUGGAUAUGGUGAGAGCAGCCUUCCACACGGAACAUCAGGAGCGUGAGCAGCUGCAUGAUGAGGUCUUGUCUCUGCGUGCGACGAUGGAGGACGCGACGAAAAGCAUACACGCCACCAUGCAGACGAAGCUGGCCGAAAUGCAGAGUUCCAUGGAUGCAAAGUGCCGGGAAAUGAUCGACCAGCAUGCAUUGGCUCUCCGCAAGGAAAUCAACGACGUGGAAACACGCGUACAAGCACAGAGCAACGAGACAGCACAACUUCAUGAAGUCAGCACGGAGCUGGAGAACACAAAGACAACAUUGAAAGGUAUGGACAGUAGAUGCAACGUGUUAGAGGAAAGCAUCGGCAAGGUAACAGACCAAGUCGGCACCAUCCAUGAGGACUCUCAAUCUCUGGAAAGAUUGUCGGACGCAACGGAGGCCGUACUGACAAGUAUGGACCUACGCCUACUCUCAUUGGAGACAACGAGUUACAGCGGUAUAUAUGUGUGGAAAAUACCCGACUAUGCUCGGCGAAUGGAGGAGACCAAAGGCCCUCAGAAGAAGUCCCUUCUGAGUCCGCCGUUCUACACCAGUCGCCAUGGUUACAAGAUGUGCGCUCGGCUCUAUCCCCACGGUGACGGGCAGGGCAAGAAGACGCACUUGAGCAUAUUCUUUAUCCUCAUGAAAGGCGAGUUUGAUGCACUGCAGCCGUGGCCGUUCCAUCAGAAGGUGACAUUCACCCUACUGGACCAAUCCCAGCAGGGUAGGCACGUGUCCGAUACAUUCAAGCCAGAUCCGUCAUCGUGCAGUUUUGAGCGUCCCAGGUCGGAGAUGAAUGUGGCCAGCGGAUGUCCUCGCUUUGUGCCGCUGGACGCGGUGAACCAUGGCCGUGACUAUGUCAAAGAAAACGUGAUGUUUGUCCGCAUUGCCGUCAAUACCUCGGAUCUUUCCACCAGAUAUUAGUUCCGGGGUGAGCUGGAGCGACCAAUCUGCCUGGCACACUGCAUGGAAUCCUCCCAAAGGCACAUGUCCACAAAUAUUUAUCCACCAUUGAGUUGAUGAUCAGCACUAGGGUGGGCUGACCUACCAGUAAAAUGUCAAAAAGUGAACAUCCUUAGUUCAGUACAGUCAUGCCUUAUUCGUUUUGCAUUGCACUUACAUGCAGUGAAACUUAUCUUUACUUUCUAGAACUGCGCAGUGAUCAAACUGUAGAGGUGACUGGUAUUACCAGUCUUGAUCAUACAUAGUCAGCUAGGUGCUACAAGUAGUUAUGCAUUAUAGCAGUGUUUUAAGGAGAAGGCUUGGCACUAGUUAUGCAAUAGCAGUGUUAUGGAGAAAGCAGCUGUGCCCGAUGAUGAAUUUUCUUCAUCUGCUACUGAGAGGUUGAGUCAAGUUGCACAACUUAUGAUCCUGCCGAAUUAACUUUUUACCUUCUACUGGUGCACACUGCUAACUGAAGCUCAGCCGAAUAGCACUUGAAGGACAUAUUUGACGUAGAUGCAUGCGCCAUCUCUGACCUCUGCUUUAUAGUACAGCACAGGCACUACCUCCAUCAAAUGAACCUACGCUGAGUCAUAACUUGCAGCCUUGCUCUCAACCACCUUACUUGACGAGAGAGUAUGCACCGCCUUGGUGCAUGCAUGCUUGUUUGUGCACUCACUGCAAGUACUGCUAUUAGUAUUAGCAAUUGCAGUACGAUUGAGUGGUGAUUACGUCACAGGUCGUAAUACUUGUGUUUCAGCGGCGCUGUAUUGGCUUCACAACAUAGGCUGAUUAGGUAUGAUUAACCUAGCUAGCUACGACAAACCUAGAUUUGUCUAUAGGUAUCAAUUUUGGUACAGGCUGUUGCCGUGCACUGUGGAUAGUUUACCGUUAUGUCCGCAUGCCCGCUUCUAACAUGUGUUUACCCAUGCAGAUAUUGUUAUCCAAGGGAAAGUAGAUUGAUCAUCGUUUCCGCAUGGUCAUCGGGGGUUUAGCACUUUCAACUUCCCUAUAUCUAGAACAAAACUUGUUCCGAUUUUUGCAAGUAGCUCCUGCUGUUCCUGUUUGUAUUUUUUCACCUUGUCAUGUCCCUUCUUCCCUCUCUCAUAACAGCCACCUUCACUCCUAUCCCUUUCCCCAGGAGACUCCCUUUGAUAGGCAUCCGUUUGCCUCUGGAGAAUCCUUGAAAAUAUAAAAAUACAAUUGCCAGUGACAGGAGUAGUCUGGCUCUGUCGCAUGCCAGAGCAUAUCUGCUUGCCAUUCAAGCCCGGAUGAACUUU